UCAGGGCUCAGGGCCCUUUUGGUCUGGCUGUUCCCAUCCUCAGACACAGGCCAGUGGACUGGAAAGAUGGCCAAGCACAUGCACACAACCCCGACACUGCCCUACACCUUCAGCCAAGCUAUGUAUGAUAGAGGCCCCCCCGGCCUCCUGUCUCCAGCGCUGCCUCUCGCCUCCUCAGUCCUGAUGCUGCUCAUGAGCUGCCUGUGGCUGGUGGGGGCCGGUCCCAGCCUGGCCCUGGCCCCAGAGCUGCUGCUGGACCCCUGGCAGGCACACCGGCUGCUGACCCAUGCUCUGGGUCACACGGCCCUACCCAGCCUGCUCCUGAGUCUGCUGCUCCUGCCCGUGCUGGGCUGGCGGCAGGAGUACCACCUGGGCACGCUGCGGUUCCUGCAUGCCUCCACCCUACUCGCCCUGGCUGCCGGGCUAAUGGCGGUGCUGCUGGCAGGCCUCGGGGUGUCCGCUGCAGCUGGUGGCUGCGGGUACAUGCCCGUCCACCUGGCCAUGCUAUCAGGGCAGGGGUACCACCCUAGAGGGCUCCAUGGGGCAGUGCCACCGUGGCUGUUGCCGUGGUUGCUCCUUGCCCUGACACCACUGCUCACCUCCGAGCCACCCUUCCUGCAGCUCUUCUGCGGCCUCCUGGCUGGCCUGGCCUAUGCAGCCGGGGCCUUCCAGUGGCUGGAGCCCUCUGAGCGGAGGCUGCAGGCGCUGCAGGGCUUCCUGUGCAGGGUCCUGGGGUGCUGGCCACUCCGGCUCCUUCCCGCCCCAGGCAGUGUGGCUGAGCUGCCUGUCACCCUUCCUGGAGUGAGGCUUCCUACCCCUGGACCUCCUCCGUACGCGGCCUCGUCUAGUCUCUGGUCUCACAGCGAAGGCGAAGGCCCACUCCCACCAGGCCUGGGGCCCGUGCAGCCGGACUGGGAGGGCUCCUCAGAGGCUGGCGGCCUGGCCUGGCCUGGGCCCAGCUUUCCUCCCAGCUCCCCGCUGUGGGCAGCCCUGGAUGAGCAGAUGCUGCAGGAGGCAGCCACCGGUCGUGUGGAGGGUGCGGUGUCACUGCUGGUCAGUGGGGAGGUGGGCGCGGAGGACCUGGUGACUCAGGGGAGGGGUGGGCUCGCCCACCCUGAGGGUCCUGGGCCCCCCUAGCACAGGCGGCCCUCAGGCCACAAGAGUCCUUGCCCAUGGUUGGUUACACGGAGUUCCAGCCCCAAGUACUAAGUCACGUGGGCACAGGGAGGCCCCUCAGCGCCCUGCACUGUGUAGAAUAAAAACGGUUCUUUUCAACCUGGACUCCUCGGG